CUAUGGCCACUGCGGGGCGCCGUCGAGUCAUCAACAUGUGUUUUACUGACACGUGACGUUGAGGUGCUGACGUAGCCGACAACAAAGAUGGCAGGAGUAGGAAGCAGCAACUACUGGGAAGACCUGCGGAAGCAUGCCAGGCAGCUGGAGAAUGAGCUGGACCUGAAGCUUGUGUCCUUCAGUAAGCUGUGCACCAGUUACACCACUUCCAGGGAUGGACGCAGAGGAGAUUCGUCAGACACCACGCCUCUACUUAACAACUCAAGCCAAGACAGAAUGUUUGACACAAUGUCAGUUGAGAUUGAGCAGCUGCUGGCAAAGUAUUCAGUCAUCUUCCCAUCCCUUUCCCAGCUCACUGGAGUCAAUGACAAGAUGGCAGAGUACACAAGCACCCCGGGAGCAUCAUCUCUCAAUGCCGCCCUAAUGCACACACUGCAGAGACACCGAGACAUACUGCAGGAUUAUACACAUGAAUUUCACAAAACCAAAGGCAACUUCUUGGCUAUCCGCGAAAGGGAAGACCUUCUUGGCUCCGUACGGAAAGACAUUGAAACAUACAAGAGUGGCUCUGGAGUCAACAACCGGAGAACAGAGCUGUUUCUGAAGGAACAUGAACACCUGAGAAACUCUGACAGGCUGAUGGAUGACACAAUAAGUAUUGCCAUGGCAACCAAGGAAAACAUGACGUCCCAGAGAGGCUUUCUGAAGUCUAUACAGGGAAAAGUCAACACUCUGGCCAACCGCUUCCCGGCCAUCAACAACCUCAUCCAGCGGGUCAACCUGCGCAAGAGGCGGGACUCGCUCAUCCUGGGGGGGGUGAUUGGCGUGUGCACCGUCCUGCUGCUGCUGUACGCCUUCCACUGACGGCCGCGCCCAGCCAGCGCUGCGUCGCCGCCGCCGCUCAGAGACUAGACUGAAGCUAGACACGGCGACCGUCGCCGGGCGCACAGGACAUUCAGCAGCCCCCCCCCCCCCGACACCAGGACCCCCGGCUGCUGGGUCGACCUAUCACAGCACUCGGAUUACAGGUGGGCGGGCCGGUGUCGUCGGGUGGAUGAUUCACCCAAAAAAAAGGACCGGAGACCAAAAGUACUAUGGGACUUGAUUUUAAAGAAUUCUCUUGAUGAUUUGCAGCAAGAGUUUCUACUGGUGGGGGGGGGGGGGGGGGGGGGGAUGAAGACACUCAAAGAUUUCCUUUUUUGCUUUUGGAGGUGGUUGGCUUUAGUGGAUUAUUUUUUUUGGACAGGAGAAUUGGGUGGAUGGUUCAAUGUGAACUUUAAAAUGUGCAUUAAUAAAUUAUUCUUAUUCAGUCUGUACAAAAUUGUGUUAUAAUGGUAGUUACUUAACACCCCAAAGCAUUUUAUUUUUUAAAAAUACUGAACAUGAUGGUGAUUGGGAGCUCAGAUUAAAUAUUCUAUUCUAAUAAUUGCUAACUAUUCUCAGUUUGGGGCAAAAUUGAAGGAGGAGAUACCUGUACAUAUUAACCCUGUGGUUUUUCCACUGUAAACUUUAUAUAAGUGUCAUUAAAAAGUAUACUUUCUCUGUAGAGCAAAUUUGUGUCCAUAUCUGUUUGUAAAUAUCGUUCUCCUUAUGCCAUUUCCCUAGAAGCAGCUUUCUUUCAAUGAAUGCAAUUAGUCAAUCAAAAUCAAUAAAAUGAGUCAUGAAUCCAAGUGUCUAGAAUGUCAAGUCAAUAUUUAAUAUUGACGGCAAAAAUGAGUUUGCUCAUUUUCAACCUAUAUAUAGAUUCCAUCAUACAUUUGGAUCCAUGGAUACAAUUGGCCAAUUAUAUUAUUUAGGACAUCACAAUAUUGUGCUAAUAAUUUGAGACUAAACAUGUUUCUAUUCAGAAAUCUAAUAUAGAGAAUCAGAAUUUCUGAUUUGUAACUGCAGUGUAAAGUCAAGUUACAGCGAUGGUUGUGUUAAAAGCAAAGUCCUUUAAUAUAGAAGUGUUUCAAAUGAUUAGGUUACAUGCGCCAUCUCUGUGAAGAUAAGACAUUCCUGAUACGGUCUAAUUCCCUCUUUAUUUGGAUUUAAUGCAACCAGAGUUGGCAUGCAAGCAUAACCGUCUGACAGUCUAAUUUUCUUUAUGGAUAGGAGCCAUAUAAUAAAAUAAUAAAAAAUGGCUCUAAUCCAUAAUGAAAGUGAGUAUUAAUAAUUAACAUUUAAAAUGAAUACAUGGUUAACCAAAUGCAGGCCGGUCUUAUAGGAGUGUCCAUGCUAAACCGAGAUACUAACCCUUAAACAAAUUGCAACAGUUUGUUUGCUCUUGGGAUUGGAAGUGAUCCCAUAACAGAUUGGAUCGUGUUUUCCGGCGAACUUGAAGCAUUACCUGGCCAAUGGCUUGUGGUUUUUACACUGUCAGAAGGUCAAUGGUUUGUUUUUGUUUAAAGUCCAAAGGCUUUUGCACAUCCAUAAGGACUGGCUUUAAAGAAUGGAGUUUAGGAGCUGGAUCUUGGUUUCAUUUUUCUCUCUGCUGCUUAAGGAGAGUUUGUGAAACGGCAUAUACUGUUCUGUACAGAAACCAGUGUUCCUGCACUACCAUCCCACCGGGGUCCUGGGAAGAUGGUCUUCUUAAGCAAGCGCUGUGCUGGGGUGUUUUCUGGUUAUGAAGACGUCCUCUUGGACAAUGGACUAUAACCUCAUAUUUACAUUAUUGUAUGAGUCAUGGCUGCCUUUCACAAGCUGGCUAAAGUUUGGGUUUGGCUAAUGAUUCUUUUAGGUUUGUUUUGGGAUGGUGCGCUACUAUUGAUUAUGUUUAUGUCAACAGUCAUGUUGGUUCAGGUAAUGUCUUAAUUGUCUAAAUCAAUGUUCUUGAUCAAGUGCAGGAUUGUAAGUUUAUGUAAAUGUCAUGACCUUUCACAUUAAACAACACUUCAAUUUCAAACUUA